CUUUUUUUCUUUGUGUGUAGAUAAUUACCAUGUCUGAAUCAACCAUUGCUGCUACAUCAUCUCAUAAAGAGACAUUAAAGUGUUUGAUAGUAGAUACGAAUGCUAUUAUUAAUGGUACAACACUUGGAAACUUGGCUGAAGAAUACUAUACUUGUCCAGAAGUGCUCAAUGAAGUAAGAAGUGCUCAUUCUAGAGAGUUUUUGACUAGAUUACCCUUCGAAUUAAAACUGUUGAACCCUUCUGAAGAAUCUAUGAAAGCAGUUAUCGAAUUUUCCAAAAAGACAGGCGACUAUGGUGUGCUUUCUGUUCCUGACUUGAAAGUGCUUGCUCUUACAUACACUCUCGAGAAAAGAGAGAAUGGUGAUGCUAAUAUUCGCAAAGAACCGCUUGUGACAAGGCCUACAGGUACUCUUCCAAGUGCACCACCACCAAGAUCAUAUAUCAAAAACCCUGCUCCAGCCAAGGUUGUCGAUGAAGAUGGUUGGGAAGUAUCUAUCCCCAAGAAGAAAUCAAACAAGAAAUAUAAUGUUGGUCAAAUCACAAAAACAGUACAACAAUUAAAUAUCAAUGAUAAGGAAACUGUAAAAUAUGAAGCCACGGCAAAGAAGGAAGAAACACAGACAGAAGAAAAAGCGGAAGAUGAAACUAAAAAGGUUAAAGAAGAGACGAUCGAGGCUAAACAGGAGUCAGAUCAUGCUGAGCAACCUGAGUUAUCAACAGAUAUUCCUUUGACUGAAGAAGAGGAUGAAGACGACGGUGAAUGGAUCACACCCGAAAACGUAGAUCAGUACAAGGCAGCUGAGAUUGGCGUGACUCCUGAAGAAUUGAAACAAGCAGAGACGAUGAAAGUGGGUUGUAUGACAGCUGAUUUUGCCAUGCAAAACGUCCUGUUGCAGAUGAAUUUGAAUCUAGUCUCUCCUGGUGGAUAUCGAGUUAAAAAGAUUAGAAAUUCAGUGAUGAGAUGUCAUGCUUGCUUCACAGUAACGAGUGAUAUGGAAAAGAAAUUUUGUCCAAAAUGUGGAAAUGCUACACUUCAACGUGUGACAUGCAGUACGAACAGCAAAGGAGAGAUUCAGUAUCAUUUAAAAAAGAAUUAUCAAUACAACUUGAGAGGCACUAAAUAUGAUAUUCCUCGUCCAAAGGGUGGGCGUAAAGCUAAUAACAUUGUUUUGAGAGAAGAUCAACGUGAAUAUAUCAAAGCAAAUCAAUUUAAAAAGAAGAAAGCUUUAGUAGACAUGUUUGAUCCCGAUUUCAUUCCUUUAUACGGAAAGACGAAUACAAGGGAAGUGACAAAUAAUAUGUUUGGUACAGAUGUCAUUGGCUUUGGACGAAGAAAUCCAAAUGCUUAUAAAAAGAAGAAAUAAAGAAAGACAAUAGAUUUAAUAAACUCUCAUAACACUGCUCACGGGUAUCAAAGCUUUAGUCAACAUCAACUUAAUAAUCGUGGGUAAAUCUCGCAUAGAUAUCGGAGUUGUGCGCUGGCUAUUUACAAGACAAUUCAUGAUUCCCUUUAUAUUUCAAGGAUGUAAACUGAUCCAAAUAGUGUUAUAAGAUAUUCUUAGAGUUAGAAUACCUGUCUUUUAUAGAUUGUUUAUUUUUAUAAAGAAGCAG